CCUUUCCCUUUUUAUCUUUCUUUAUUUUUCUCCUCCUCCUCCACUCUAUUCAGACUUUUUCAGAUUCUGGGGGCGAAGAUGACAAACUCAAGUUCUUCUUCAAGAGUAAUCGAAAUAGAAGAUGGUAACAACCCAGAAGAAGAGAUUGAUUGUGAAGUUACACCUGAUGUUCAAAAGAGAGGUGCUGAUGAUAAUGAAGAAGAUGGUGAUGUAGUACCUACGAUUAAACUUAUAGUUUCUUAUGCUACUUCUAAACAUGAGAUCAGUGUUCCUCCUCAAGCUACCUUUGGGGAUGUGAAGAAACUUCUUGCCAAUGUUACUGGGUUGGAGCUCAAUGAGCAGAGGUUGUUCUUUAGAGGGAAGGAGAAGCAGGAUGAGGAAGGCUUGCACACGGCGGGACUAAAAGACAAGUGUAAGCUUCUACUUUUGGAGGAUCAAGAAAGCAAAGAAAGGAAGCUUGAGGCAGUCAGAAUGAAUGAGAAAAUGCUGGAAGCUUGUGAAGAAGUAGUAAAAGUUAGGUCUGAGGUCGAUAGUCUCGCAGAAAAGCUGGCUGUGUUGGAGGCAGCUGUGCACAGUGGGGAUAAGGUUCCAGAUAAGGAAUUCGUUGUGUUGGGAGAGUUCCUCAUGCGACAGUUGCUGAAAUUGGAUGGGAUUAAGGCGGAAGGAGAAGCAAAAGCACAGAGACGUCUUGAGGUUCGUAGGGUGCAGAGCUUGGUGGACACAGUUGACAAUUUAAAAGCACAAAAUGCUAAUCCCAUCAGCAACAUCUAGACUGGGUAUAAGCUUGCAAUUAGUACUCCUUGCUCUCCAAAUUUUCAAGCCAGAUGUUUCUUUUGAGUGUAAUUCAGAGUUUUCAUUUCAAAUAUUUUGGUAAAAAUAUAUACUCCCUUGACUGUAGAUAAAACAGAACCAUGUUUUAAAUAUUCAAUUUUUUUGAAAUACAUGUACAAACUGGGAGAGUUUCAGCCAGGAGUACCAAGUUUACUCAGAUAGGAUUUGACUUGAA